AACAUAAAAACCUGAAUGAUGAUCUUGAAGGACAGGUCCAUUUCAAUCUUCAAUUUGACGUUGAUCUAAAUUCUAUUUACGAACAUAUUUCACCAGUAGAAGUCACUAUAAAACAUAAUCCAUAUAUUGAUAUUGCUAAUUCGAUUCUUUGUAAUUCAAGAUAUUCGCUAAUUUCAGUAUCUUCAUGCAACCCUUGGCAAGAAAUUCAUUUGGCUUGCAAUCUUGAAAAACUUGAUAACAAUAAUCAUCUGCUCAAUAACGAUAAUAAUGAACCUUCUACUAUAAAUACCGUACAAGAAAUUUAUGAAACAAAUAAUGAUAACCUUAUGAAUGAGAUUAAACAAAAGCAUGCACGGAUAUAUCAAGUUUUAUCUGAGGCACAAUGUAUUCUUAAUGAAUCGAAGGCUUGUCAUAAUCGCUUAAAAUUCCUUGAAAAUAUGGAAUCCAAAGUAAUGCCGGUUGAAAAAUUGGUCAAAGAUAUUUUGCAACACGAAAAAAGACAUUCACUGCCACAAACGUGGAAGGAUAGCAAUGAAAAUACACAAUAUUAUGGAUAA